CAUUCUUUUCAAUUUGUAGAGAUUAAUUAUUGGCAUCAAUAAUUGUUAUUAUUUAGUUUAUUUCGGCAAGCAAAAAUGGCAGAAAGACAGAGAGGAUAUGGUGAUAAUCGAGCAGAUUACAGGCGGACACACGUUAGACCAGAAUAUUGUCUGUAUGUUGGUGAUUUGUCUAAUGAUGUAGAUGAUUCUAUGCUGUAUUAUGCCUUCAAAAGAAAUUAUCCUAGUUUAUACUCUGCUAAAGUUACAUACGACACAAGUGGUACAAGUGGUAAAAAUAAAAAUUAUGGAAUAGUGAGAUUUGAUGAAGAAUUGGAUCAACAGAAAGCUCUCAUUGAAAUGCAACAUAUCAGAAUUGGUAGAAGAACAGUGAAAGUUAGUUUGGCAGCACCAAAGAGAACAGAAGCACCUGGUACCAGUGAAUCUGUGUAUUAUUCUCAAUAUAACUCUACAUCAGGUCCUAAUCAGUAUCAUUGGGGAGGAUAUACAGUCAAUUAUAAUACUAAUCCUUGUCAACAGGAAUAUCAGGGACAUUAUCAACCACAGCAUGAUGAUGAAGUUGAUCCAUUAGAAGAUCCUCAGUUAGAAGUUGAUGUAGAAAAAGAAAAUAGAGAAUUUAUGAUAUCAAGUGAAGCUUUCUUCAAUGCAUUGGAUCAAUCAAGAUGGCAUCCAAUAGAUCAUGUGACUUCACAACUUCAUCCUUUUGUCAGCUGAAUUUUCACAAUUUUAAAAAAUGGAUUCAAAUUUAAAAUUAAUUGCAAAGAUGACCUAGAAUUG